ACUCCCUCCUCCAAAAGAGUCGGACAGACCUCCCCUUCCAAAAACCGCAGUCUUCUCUUUCUCUUUUCUAAACAGCUCUACACUGCUCUUUCUCACUUCACUCCCAUCCAAACACGAAUAUCCCUCUCUCAUACACACUAACUCACACAUUUAGAAACUUAGAGAAAGGGGAUGGAUUUGAAUUAAAAAUUCCGGAUCUGAAGAAAAGAAAAAAAGGGGUUUGAAGAAUUCAUUCUGAUUUCUGCUAAGCUGUUUUAGUAGUUUUCUGGGCUCCCAAGAAGUUUUUGAAUUCGAAGUUGAAGCUGUGUGUUGAUUUCUGCUGUUUAAUUGGCCGUUUAGUGGCUGAACUCAGACCUUUAUUUUGCUCCAUUUCUUCUGCUGUUGUUCGAAGUCUAAGUUGCUGAUUUUCGCUGAAGUUGGGCUCCAAUUCGAAGCAUCUCCCAUUUAUUUGGCUUUCGGUCCAGUUUGCUUUUUGUUUUUGCUUCAAACAGUUACAGAAAUUGAAAGGGAAGGAGAAGGAGUACCAAUUAAAGAGGGGUCCUCAAAAUUCAUUUCAAACUCGACCAAUCCCCGCUCUACAAUGUUGGGUCAAGCUCAGCAGCAAACUGUGGAGCAAAAUGAUGACAUAACCGAACUGGAAGAAGCAGGAAUACUGGUGGAAGAAGUAGAAUUACUAGAGGAAGAAGUAGAGUUACUGGAGGAAGAAGUUAAGCAAAAGGCUGAGAGAAUAGCGGAGUACCGGGGCAGAAUUCUUGCUCAGCUUGAAAGUGAUCUCUCUUCCAUUUUUGCGGCUCAAAGACCCGUGUUGGGGACCCGUUUUGACAACGGAUCCGUAUUUCAACCUGGGUCCUCUAGUGAUCCCUGCAGCUCUGAUGUUGGAGGACCAACUGAUAUUGCGAUGUUAGCUGGAGAGGAGCGGAAAGAAGCUGAGAAAAUACAGCUCCUUAAAAAGAAGAAUUUGGAGAGUGCUUCCGCUAUACCCGUUGCAUUAAAUAGGAUGAAGGAUUGUAUGGCAAGGAUUGAUAAACUACAAUCAUGCAACGGAGUCGUACAUCCUACCUUUAAAAGGAAAAGGAGUUGCUGACGAGCCUCUGCUAGCUAAAUCUUCUUGAGAUUAUGAUAUUAGCUCACAAUCUAGAAGAUUUUCAAGAUCUGCAUUCGGCGUAACAGUAUAUAACUUUGUGAAGCUGACAUGAGCAUAAAUUGAUUGUGUAAUUGUUGAAUAGGAUGAAGUGUUUGGUUUGUUUUUUGGCUAUCCGAGUCAUAUAUUCCACUUUUGACAACUUAUUUUGGCACCAAAUGGCAAUAUAUUGCAUUCACGCUAUUCUUUUC